GCGAGGACCGCGGGGACCCGACAGCGCCAUGCGCGCCCUGCCCGGCCUGCGGGCGCUGCCGCUGCUCCUGCUGGGGCUCCUCGCCGCGGGGCGCGCGGGCCGGGCGGACGGCGAGACCUCAGUGUCACCUUUUACAAGUUUACCCAUCCGAGAAGAAACGACGACAAAACAUUUUAACUCUUCCUUGGAGACUCCUAACAUAUCAUUGACUGUGUCACCUUUUACAAGUUUACCCAUCCGAGAAGAAACGACGACAAAACAUUUUAACUCUUCCUUGGAGACUCCUAACAUAUCAUUGACUGUGUCACCUUUUACAAAUUUACCCAUCCGAGAAGAAACGACGACAAAACAUUUUAACCCUUCCUUGGAGACUCUUAACAUAUCACUGACUGUACGUUCCAGUGUGCCAGUGGAAAAAAAUAUCACUUUAGAACGACCUUCUAAUAUAGAACUCACAUGCCAAUUCAUAACAUCUGGAAAUGUGAAUUCAGUAAAUGUGACUUGGAAAAAAGGUAAUAAACAACUUGAGAAUAUUCACACCAAUGCAACAGGAAGCAUCCUGUAUACCCAGUACAUGUUUAUCAUCACUGAUAGCAAACAAAUGGGAAGCUAUUCUUGUUUCCUUGAAGAGGAAAAGGAACAAAGGGGCACAUUUAAUUUCAAAGUCCCUGAAGUUCAAGGGAAAAACAAACCAUUGAUCACUUAUGUGGGGGAUUCAGUUGUCUUGAUAUGUAAAUGUCAACACUGUUCUUCUUUAAAUUGGACCUGGUACAGUAAUAAUGGGAGUGCACAGGUUCCUAUUGAUGUUCAAAUGAAUGAUAAGUAUGAGAUCAAGGGAACAAAUGCCAAUGAGACAAGGCUCAAGAUAACGCAUCUUUCAGAAGACAAUAAGGGAUCUUACUGGUGCCGUGCAGCUUUCCCCUUAGGCGAGAGCGAACAACGCGUUGAACUUGUUGUGCUGAGUUAUUUGGUUCCCCUGAAACCAUUUCUUGGAAUAGCUGCUGAAGUUGUUAUUGUAGUGGCUGUUAUUCUGCUUUAUGAAACACACACCCAAAAGAAAAAGAAGCUCACAGAUGAUGGGAAAGAAUUUGAACAAAUUGAACAGCUGAAAUCAGACGAUAGCAAUGGUAUAGAAAAUAAUGCCCCCAGGCACAGAAAAAAUGAAUCUGUGAGCCAGUGAAUGAAAAACAUCAUGUCAAGAGUCAUGGGAAGAUGUACAGUUUAUACUUCAGCUUUGUUAUGUUUCCUGUUAAGAAUAUCUGAGUUUUUAUUUUUAAAAAGAUGAAAAGUUUAUGCAAAAUACUCAGCAGUAGCUUUGUAAUGAUAUAUGCUAUCUCAGAUUAUAUUUUCAUUCUGUAAGUAUUUUACAUUAAAUCAAGGUCGAUUAUAUUAAAUAUGUUCUAUGAGCUAUAACCCAGGAUAAUUAAUUUCAUCUUGGUCAUCAAGAGAUGCACAGAAGACAUACCAGCAAAACCAGUUAAUACUACACAGAACUAAUGUCAUUCAAGACCUGUUUAUAACCAAAGAAUUCUUUAAAGAGAAACUUUUGCCAUUUGCCUUAAAAAGUUCUUUUCUCAAUUAUGCUUACUCUAUGUAGAAAUAUUUUUAAUAAUUUUCAUGUAAUUGUCAUCCUCCUGUCAUAUUGGAAGAAAACAUCCUUACUAGGAAAUGAAUAUUUUCUGCCUUUGCUAUACAAUCUCUACAAGAAAAACAUACUACUUUUCCUCCACAAAUAUUGGUUUAAGGCAAGGAAAUAUAACUAUAUACUUGCCCCGAAUCUUCCAUCACCACAAAAGCAUGUUUCCCAACCUUUGUUCUUCUCAUCUCCACUGCUUUCACACACCAGGGAAAGGUGACUUUCAGUCUUUAUGUAGAACAUUCUUUAAAUGUCAUGGUUUUGGAUUUUUAAAGUUGUACCUGGUGUCGAUGCUAUAGGGCACAGGUCCAUAUAGUUAUAAUAUAGCACUGCUACAGGGAUGCUUCUGUGGUUGGUUCAUAGUUUCUUGGUAUCUCUGUCUUGACACCUGGUGUCCUGAUACCUCUGGGUGGUUAAAUAUCUAAAAAUGCAUUAUUAGUGCUUUAUAGUCAUGAUUCCUUUCUUUGAUAUCCAGAAGUUCUAAAUUACUUCUAUGAUGUUGCAAAUGCCUUAGACUUUCCUUCAAAAUUAGAAUAGUUUCUAUUGCAUAUAUAACUGAAAUAUUUGACAAAAUCAUCAUAACCAAAUUAAAUGAAAUAUGAAUAGACAUGAAA